AUGUCCUCGCCACGAAUCAUCCGUUGGGGGAUCCUCGCCACCGGCGAGAUAGCAAAAACAUUGUUUCCAACAUGCCAUUGUUGCCGCGUCUUCGUCUUUCUCGGCCUUCCGAGAAAAAUUGUUCUGGAAGAGCCUGGUACAGCAUCUGCCUCGGCGUAUGGCUCACACAGCGAGCGGACCCAAGACGAUAAUGUCGAUAUCAUCCACGUCGCCACUCCUCACUCACAUCACUAUCAAAACGUCAUGAUGUGCCUCGAAGCCGGGAAGAAUGUACUCUGUGAAAAGGCCUUUACAGUCAACUCGGCACACGUCAAACGCCUGGCUGAAGGCCACAUUGGCAACGUGAAGAGGGUGAAAGCAGACUGCAACUUUGCGACCGACCCGGAAGAAACCUUCAAGGGCGGCAAGCAUAGACUGGUCAACCCAGCCCUUGCCGGCGGUGCCCUACUAGAUCUUGGUGUAUACAGCCUCACAUGGCCUUUCUUGGCACUUCAUCUCACUCAGCCUAUCGAGACUCGCAAACGACACGGGGUGCAAGCCGUGAUGGAAAAGUACCCUCCGGAUCAUCUGGCAGAUGAGACAACAACCAUGCUUCUGACGGCACAGUUGUUAUGGGAGGCAGAUGAGGCGGCACUGGCGUUGAUGGAGGGUAGAAAGGAGGGAAGGUUGACCACUCUCGAGGAAUCUAUUGCCAUGAUGGAGGUGAUGGACGAGGUUAGAAGACAGGGAGGGUUACAGUACUCGGAUGAAAUCGAGUCAGUGGAGUACCCAGUCAAGCUGGGAAGUGGCUAA